CAAAAUUAAUCGAACACUAGAAGUACACAAUUGUAACACAAUUAUGGCAGCAAAAGGAGCGCACAUAACACAAAAUAUAGAAGCUCGGCCGUCGAUAUUUGAAGUAGUAGCAGCAGAUUCUUUAAAUACAACGUUCUAUCCUGCGCUGAAAAGAGUUGCUAACUUUCUAGCCACUAUCAAGCCCAGAACUUUCGGCAGUCUUAUAAGGUAUUACGAUGAAGCUUACUUGGUAUUCAAUUGGGUCGUUCAAAGUUACUAUCUUCGCCACAAAGGAGGAUCACUGUCCGAAGUUUUCUACGGACUAACGCGCAUUUCUUUGCGAACCCAAAACUUAGAUCGUACUGGUCAACGCUGGUCGUUGAUUUUCUUGGUUGUAGCUCCAUAUCUACAUCACAAGAUCGAGCAACACUUACAACAAUGGAAAGAUGAUUAUGAAAAUGGUAGGAUUUUAUCGCAGAACAAGCUUCUGUUGGUUCAAGUCAUUCCAUACCUCAAAGCAUGUUUCGAAAGCAUUAAACUAGUCCAAUACAUCACCUACUUGGCUGGAAUCAGUCCUACGCAUUCACCUGUGCUGAGGGGUUUAAAUCUGACUUUAACCUACUUGGCAGAAGAAGCGGAGUCGUGGACCAUCAGGGAUCUUUUCGGAGGUCAGGUCAAACUAGCUACAAUGUUGAGCACUGCUCUGCUGAGGGCGUUGGAGUUGUCCGCGUUUUUCCUACAGUUCAUCGAAUGGUGGCAAAAUGAAGCUAACAUGGGUGACCUUUCUAAGCUUCCGAUUCCUAAGGCUCCACCGAGUGAUCUCAACAGUCAGAAAUACAAAGACAUUUGUCCGAUCUGUCUUCAGAGGUGGUUGAUUCCAACGGCGAUUUCCGUUUCUGGGUACGUCUACUGCUACCGUUGUAUUGUUACACAUUUGCAGAAAGAAAAUAAAUGUCCGGUUACAAAAUAUCCAGCGACUGUGAAUGAUCUUGUGAGAAUAUUUGACGACGCAGAUGAUUAACAACCCAGAAAUUGAUGUAGGUAGUAUUAUACUGCCGCUAUUCGCAUAAUAGUAGCACGCACGUCCUGUGGAAUUCCUAUUAACAUUGAACUGUUAUGGGAAUAUCGGCAGUAUACCAAUAACAAACACAAAAUGGUGCUGGAGCAAUGGAGGCUGAUCGUUAGUUCAGGUGAUUGGUAUUCUAAAAAAUUGUUGAACAUUUUUGGAUCCCAUACAAUAAUAAAGACUGA